AUGUCGAACUCACUUGACAUGCAAUGCGACAUCAGCAAUUUAACUCUACUGGGCCUGGGCUCCUUCACGAGUGUACUCAGCGCACUCUCCGCAGACGAUGUGCAACCCAUUGCUAUGAUCCAGUUAGAAAAGCUGGGUGGUUCGUUUCCUAUCAGUGGUCCCCUUAGGGCUCAGAUCCCUGAUCACCUCCAGCGAUGCAGCAGUAAACGGUUGGAAAGCCUCGGUGUGACAAUAGGGUGGCGGAAGGGUGAUGCUGCCUCCUUGAUGUCACAAUCAGCUGGCGGACAAGCUGUGGCACUCUUGGCAACUUGCCUCGAGAAUGUGUAUGGCAAUGAAGCUGCUGCGACAAUCUUCUAUAAAAUCUCCAAAGCUUUGCUACCGAACUCCGCCCGCCUCAGCAGCCCCAAGCAGCUGCAGCAAGCCACUACGAUCCUCUCCCGAAAGCUGGGGGUGAUCGGAUUUGGAACCAUCCUUGCAAAACAAAUCUGUCGUAUACAUGAUGCCUACCAACACCUUCCUCAGAAAGCACCCUCGACUCUUUUAGCAUCGUUGAGCCAGGAUGGCAUGUGUGAUAUAUUAUCCAAGUUUUCUCGAGCUAUACAAGAAGACAAAUGUAUUGUUCGGGUACGAGGAUGUGCCAGCAUGGGCUACAUUACAGCACUCGCCGUGGUUUUAUUCUCCGAUGAUUGUAUAGUUACAGUCGAAAACUUGAUCAUUCACCAAGGAUGUCGGUCUUCCUCCAUCACCAUCGAAAUCACGGGUUCCCAUGGCGAUACAUCACUUCAAGCACAUUAUCUGGGAAAGAUUGAAUCGUUAUUUGAUCUACCCGUUAAGCAAGCUCAGCUUCCACAUACUUUGAAAUUCUCAAGCCACGCUCCUUUUGCCGCGUACAUGCAACUCUACCUGCAAGAGUGGGGACUUUUAUGUUCACCACAUUCACUGAUAGCGAUGGGUACAUGCAUCCUGUCUCUCUCGGACACUAUUUUCAUAUCGUUGGGGGGCCUUUCUGGGCCGCGGCCUGCUGUCUCAACAAAUUUUUUCAGCUUGCUUUUUGGUGAAACUUUCAGAGCGAGUCUUCGUCAACGUUGCGAAACUGCAUUAGGGGUUACUUUACCCUUCAAGUGGCCCUCUUUUUCUGAAGCUUUGCUGCAGCUAAAGAGUGCUCUCGCAAAGUCGAAUCAUGCAAAAAGCUUUGCAUCGAUUGUUGAGCAUGCGAGCUACCGUUGUGACCCAUCAGGAGCACUUCUUCGUAUCAUAGACGAGGGAGUUGCCAGUAUGGCUGUCUACGUCCAUGAAGGGGCGACGUGGCAAGCACACUCUGAUCGCGAGAUCUGGUAUCCGUCAGAUGCAGUUCAAAAUCAAGGUGCCAAGCAAGUUACACUGAACCCCAGUGAACUUCUAUACAAGCUGUUCUCCUGGGAUGAUGUCAAUCUAGUUCUCAAGUCUGAGGGUACAACGACCCUCGUCCCAUCCAGCAUCCUCCAUCUUGGUAGUGACUUAUACGAUUUGAACGACAACCGCGGUCUGGAGCUUUUUGACGGUUUGAUUUUCCACCAAAAUCGAUACCACAGUCAAAUAUUUGCCGAGGUUGACUAUAACUUCUGGACACAACAAAGUAAUCAACCUUGUCAGAAGAUGAGCCAAGCAAAAGCCGUAUGCAUAAAUCGGGAGGGUGCUCACUCCAACCUCUCGUUGGCAAUUGUAGAGCAUGUGCAAGGAUUGGCCUUGGAAUGUUCAGUCACUGCUGGGGGACAGAAACAGUCCAUCAAUCUUCGAGAACGAGUGGAUCAACUAUUUGGACUUCUCGAUGCUUAUCCUUGCAAUCAUUCAAGACAGACCCCUCUGAAGGAGGAAUAUGGGAAUAAAGUACAGACAAACUCGGUGCUGACACCCGAUGGACGACCUGGUGAUCACAUUUCAAUUGUACAGACGGCUGGUAACCCGACUGCACAAUUCUUAUCCUUGACGAAAUGGGAGCCUGCGAUUCUCUGCCGAGGGUGUUGUCUGAAUUGUGCGUACGAGCAGGCCCGGGAAAAGGAGAUUUACAAGAUCAUCGUCGCAUGA